CAUUCCAAAUUGCACCGAUGAGCGCGCAAGUCUCCAAUUGCGAUCUCGCCACGAGGAUGAGAUGACCAUGCACAGAGCGAGAAACCCUCCUCCUCCUAUUCCCCUCCAAAUCUAGCUACUCUCUCGCGAUCCAAAUCCCACAUUUUCCCCUUUACGAUUGUAGUUGCUGUCGUUUGGGGAUCGGGGCCGUCUCUUUGCGGUGGGCCGCGGCGACAAUGGUGGACGGGAAGAUGGAGAGGAAGAAGUAUCCGAUCCGGGCGGAAGACUACGAGCUGUUCGAGGUAGUGGGGCAGGGCGUCAGCGCGCAGGUCUACCGAGCCCGCUGCAUCCCCUUGGACGAUACCGUCGCCAUCAAGAUCCUGGAUUUCGAGAGGAACAACAGCGAUUUGAGUAAUAUCUCCAGGGAGGCACAAACUAUGAUCUUGAUCGACCACCCGAAUGUUCUCCGGGCACAUUGUUCGUUUGUGAAUGGUCAUAACUUGUGGGUUGUCAUGCCUUACAUGGCGGGUGGUUCUUGCCUUCACAUAAUGAAAUCUGUGUACCCCCAUGGAUUUGAGGAAACUGUGAUAGCGACAAUACUAAAAGAUGUUCUGAAAGGUUUGGAAUAUCUCCAUCACCAUGGGCAUAUACACCGUGAUGUGAAGGCUGGAAACAUUUUAGUUGACACACGAGGUGCCAUAAAAUUAGGGGAUUUUGGGGUUUCUGCUUGUCUAUUUGAUUCAGGCGACCGACAGCGCACAAGGAAUACCUUUGUCGGAACACCUUGCUGGAUGGCACCUGAGGUGAUGGAGCAAUUACAUGGUUAUGAUUUCAAAGCUGACAUAUGGUCAUUUGGAAUUACUGCUUUGGAGCUUGCUCAUGGUCAUGCUCCAUUUUCAAAAUAUCCUCCAAUGAAGGUUCUUCUCAUGACCUUGCAAAAUGCUCCUCCAAGCCUUGACUAUGAGAGAGACAAGAAAUUCUCAAGGAGUUUCAAACAUAUGAUCGCUACAUGUUUAGUAAAAGAUCCAUCAAAAAGACCUUCAGCACAGAAGCUAUUAAAACAACCUUUCUUCAAGCAAGCCAAGUCACAUGAUUAUCUAGUGCGAAAAAUUUUGGAGGGCUUGCCUACUCUUGGUGAUCGUCAUCAAGCUUUGAAGGCCAAAGAAGAAGACUUACUUGCUCAAAAGAAGAUGCCCUAUGGCAAGAAGGAGGAAAUAUCUCAGAACGAGUACAAAAGAGGAAUCAGUGGUUGGAACUUUGAUACUGAAGACUUGAAAUAUCAAGCUUCCUUGAUUUCAGAAAAUGAUGAAAAUAAAGAGUCAAAUGGUUGUCAAAUAUUCGAGAUUGAUACUUUGCAAGAAAGAAACCCAGAAUCCAUGUCCUCUUGUUCCAGUUUUACACUUAAGGAUGAUGAUCAAUUUGAAGAUGCAUUCUCGAGCAAAUUAAAUCCCUCGUUGCCUGAUAAAAAUCCAUGUAAUCAGAGAAUUAAAGUUGAAGUCUUGGACAAUGAGCUUAAGUUGGCAGAUAUAAGCGAUCAAAAUGUUGUCCAUUUUGGCUUUGUUUUAAACCAAAAUGAGACAACAUUUGAUGCUAACAGAAAUUGUGCAACAGAAGUUGAUCAAAAUCAAAAGGAAAAUACUUUAUGUGAAAGCCAUGAACCAAAGGCUUCUACAAGUUCAUCCUCAUUAGAAGUUCUUCCCUCAUCCAAGCCUGAAAGUCUGGCUCAGAAGCCCCAAAACGAGCUCCAAAAUAUGGAAAAUUGCAAUGGAGGUUUAGCGCCGCCAUUAAUUGAUUCAAUAAAAUCAACAUGCACAGCAUCAUCUUGUGAUGAAAUUGAUGACAAAUCAAAGUCUCCACUUGUGCAGCAAAAGGGUCGCUUUAAAGUGACAUCAGAAAGUGUUGAUUUAGAUAAAACUUCUGCACCUUGCCUUCAGAAGAGUCAAAGUAUGCUGGUGUUUACUCAUCUUUCUUCACCAACUAUGCAAUCAACUAUCGAUUCUGCUCCAACUUUAGGAUGUUCUAUGUUGUCACAAUUGCAUCAGAUGUUACAAACAAAUAUGGUUCAAAAGGAUAAUAUCCUUUCUAUGAUGAGACAAUUGAGCACAGGUGAUUCAUCACCAAUUUCCAAUGUUCUAUCUGGCCGUGCGACUGACGUGUCCUCAUCUGGACAAACAACUAUGAACGAGAAGUCCUUGCUUGAAGUAGCUCACGAAAGGGAGAAGGAACUGUUGCAAGAGAUAGCUGAACUGCAUUGGAAAUUAGCAUCCAUGCAAGAUGAACUACAAAAACUUAAAAUGAGGAAUGACUAGGUAGAUGUUUGAACAAUAGCUUUCUCGACUAUGAUACAGCAAAUCGUAAUUCUUCCUUAGCACUACAAAGAAUGAAGAUGGAAAUGUAAAAUGUAGGAUUAUAUUUCCUUUUUUCUAAUGUUUUGUUUUAGUUCAAAACAAAUGCCAGUAGAAAGGCUCUACUGCUCCAACAAUAAGGACCUGAGAUGUUAUGCUAAGAAAUGCCUCAGAGUUGAAUUAGUUUGGUAAAAGGUGCCAUUGUUCAUCAUAAUCCUCAAUAUUUGUGUAAU